AAGUGUCUAUCUCUGUCCGGAGCUGGGAGCCUUCACUGCCAUGGACACCUCCGAGUACAGAAAGUGGGGCGACCAGUCCGAGGAGGCCCCAGGAGGGUCCUGGGGACGCUGGGAGCCUUGUCGGUGGAAACCCCUCUUACUAGGGCUGGUUCUCCUGGGGGCCACGGUCCUAUGGACUUUCAUUCUGAGCAUCCUGUUGUCCAAGGCCUCCACGGAGCGCGGGGAGCUUCUGGGCAACCAGGAUUUGCUGAGGACAAACGCCUCGAAGCAGACGGUGGUGCUGGGUGCUUUGAAGCAGGAGCUCCGAGCCUGCAAUAGCUGCUGCUCCGCCACGCAGGUGCAGCUGCAGAGCGCGCGCACUGAGCUUGGGGAGGCACAGGCGAAGCUGAUCGAGCAGGAAAGCGCCCUGAAAGAGCUGCGCGAGCGCUUGACCAAGGGUUUGGCUGAAGCAGGCAGGGACCGUGAGGACGUCCGCAGUGAGCUGUUCCGGGCGCUGGAAGCCGUCAGGUUUCAGAACAGCUCCUGCCAGCCGUGUCCCAAGUCAUGGCUGCCCUACCAGGGCUCCUGCUACUUUUUCUCCGUUCCGAAGGCCGCGUGGGAGGAGGCACAGCGUCACUGCGCAGGUGCUGGAGCUCACCUGGUCAUUGUAGGGGACCUGGAGGAGCAGGUCUUCCUGACUCGGAAUACACGUGGGCGUGGUUACUGGCUGGGCCUGAGGGCUGUGCGCCGAGCUCGCAAGAUUCAGAGUUACCAAUGGGUGGAUGGAGUCCCACUCAGCUUCAGCCACUGGAACCAGGGGGAGCCCAAUGACUCCCUGGGGCGUGAGGACUGUGUCAUGAUGCUGCACACGGGUUUGUGGAAUGAUGCGCCGUGUGACAAUGAGAGGGACGGCUGGAUCUGUGAGAAGAGAAGCGGCUGCUGACCCCGCCCAGUGUCCCGAAGCCACGCCCAAUGCCCCAGAGCCACGCCCAGUAUUUGGAGCCCCACCCACAGCUGUGCGUGGUCUCUCCUGUGGGGCUUGCUGUCCUGGCUCCUGGCGCCCACUGUCAAAGAUUUUUUUCUCCAUCCAUCACUACUAAGAACUACUCUGCUCGGGGCCACCGGGUGGUGUGGUGGUUAAGGUGUUGGACUCCCACAUGGCCGACAGCAGUUUGAGUCUCACCCAGUGUCUGGC